AUGGAGAAAGAAGCAGGUAUAGUUUCAGACAGCAACAGACAAACAGUAUACACAACGGGAUUAUAUUGGUUAAGACAUCAAAGAUCAGAGACAAAAGAUAUGAAGAGAGGGUCUUGUAAGAGUCUUAGGCUCACCGAUUUGAUGGAGAAGUGGAGGAACUGGAAGAAAGGCCACUUCGCUGUGUACACCAGAGAAGGCAGGAGGUGUUGUUGGAGAUGGCAGAGGAAGAGUUUGGUUCCACUAUUUGUGGCCCUUUACAGGUUCCUUGCGAUGGUGGUUUGA